UCGUUUUCAGUUAUUUCUCAUUUAAUUAAAAUUCUCCAGUCGCUUCUUUGCUUUACCGAGAGGCCAGAUCCGAGCUCCGGCAGAGAACGAUGACUGAUGUUUGAGGCACAAAUUUGCAGAGAAUGGUGAAUUAGGAGUUUUCGUUUGUGGGUUUUGAAGAGAAUCUUGAUUAGAAGUUUCGCAGAGCCACGAUCGUUCGAUUCUCAGUGAGAGACAUGGAUGAGGUUGUUGUAGAAGUGGAGAAGACGAAGAGGGAAUGGGAAGAUGCGUACGAGAAGACGAUCGAACAUAUCAUGGCGAUACAAGAGUACGGAAAAUCAAGGAGAGGAGACGGCGAGGGAAAGGUUUCGUUACAAAGACUCAACGGAUUGGCUCAGGAUGGUCUCUCUCUUCUCAAUUCUCUGCAAUUCAAUCUCGACCUUCUCGCUCCACAGCUUCCUUCUGUUGACCAGGUCCAAUCCACUCAGUCACUGCUUGAAACCUGGAAGAAUCAAUAUCAAAGUUUGAGGGUAAACUUGAGAAGUGCUAAUUUGCAAGCAAAGAAUAACAUCAGGAAAACAGCUCAAGAAGAGAGAGAGCUUCUCCUCGGUGGUGGAACAGAGUCCACAGCUCUCAGACGUAAACGACAAGCAAAUGCUGGCGUGACGUCGGAUGCUGAAAGCAUAACUGAAAGUCUCAGGCGUUCACGGCAGCUGAUGGUUCAGGAAGUGGAGAGAAGCACAAACACGCUCGUGGCUUUUGAUGAAUCUACUGGAGUACUUAAAAAAGCCGAGAGUGAAUACAAAGGACACAGGUCUUUGUUGUCGAGGACCCGGAAUCUACUUUCUACAAUGCAACGUCAAGACGUAAUUGACAGGUUAAUCCUCAUAAUUGGAUUUUCUCUCUUCGUCUGCGCUGUUGUUUACGUUGUUUCAAAGCGCAUAGGGAUUCUGAGGCUGCAACAGAUGGCUACUGCCGCCAUUAAAGCUCGAAUGGCUGGAAAAGCAGCAAAUGAUGAUGCUAUGCCACUCGGACAACAGUUUGAUGGAAAUACAGUUCCAAAUGUUAAUAUUCCUCUACAACAACGCCUGCAUGAUGAACUCUGAAGCUUAAGUUCCUGCCUGAUAAUGACACUGUAUCAAAAGUACCAUUUGCUUGUUACAUUUGAGUUCAUGAAUAUAUUACUAUAUCACUUAGGAAUGUUCUCUCUAUGUAUACAUGUAGGCUCUCUUUGUUCCUUUUUCUGACUCAGUGAGAGUUAUAUACAGUAUGUUUUUGUUCCUCCUUAA